GGGCAAAAUCGUCAACGGGUCUAUCAUAAACCGUCAUUCUCGAUCUAUUUCGUUUAUCGACUCGCGAGCUUCUUCGUCUCUCCCUCUUCUGGUGCGAUCUAUCUCUAUCUCUCUAUCUCUCUAUCUGCGCGCGGGUGUGAGACUUUUGGCGGGAAAAUGUCGGGGAAAGGAGCGAAAGGAUUGAUAAUGGGGAAACCUAGCGGUAGCGAGAAGGACAAGGACAAGAAGAAACAACCCAUCACCCGUUCUGCUCGAGCUGGUCUUCAGUUCCCUGUAGGAAGGGUGCAUCGACUGUUGAAGACUAGGUCCACUGCUCACGGAAGGGUUGGAGCAACUGCAGCUGUUUACACUGCAGCGAUAUUGGAGUAUCUGACCGCAGAAGUUUUGGAGCUGGCUGGUAACGCGAGCAAGGACCUCAAGGUGAAACGUAUCUCCCCCAGGCACUUGCAGCUUGCGAUUCGCGGAGAUGAAGAGCUAGAUACUCUCAUCAAAGGAACUAUAGCUGGUGGUGGUGUCAUCCCUCACAUCCACAAGUCUCUCAUCAACAAAUCCGCCAAGGAAUAGAUUCUUACCACUCUUUGUUUCUCUGUUUCCUAAGUAUUUCGAGAGAGAGUCUGUGUUUCAUAAAGAAGACGCUAGAGUGCUCUUUUGUAGGAGUCGUUUGUUAUUGUUCCAUCAGCGUACUGUGUUAGAGACGCUUGUUGAUUUAUCUAUCUUUAUGCAUAUGUAUUCGAUGAUUAUCUAAACCCCAUUUCUGACUUA